GAUAUAUCUAGCAUUAGUUCGGGAGCUGGAAUUGAUAAGCACGGAUAGUUGACUACAUAACAAGCAGAAUUCAGAGAACAACGAUGUUACGGAUUGUGCUGUUUAUGCUAAGCACCAGCCUGAUCCCAGUCCUGGGAGCAGAAGAGUGUCUGUGUACUAACUCUGAUGUGGUCAUACGGACAAUGCCAAGUCCAACAGCUCCAGUGGCUGGAAAACUGGCUACAGGCUCGUGUCUGAAACCGUCUGACUUUACACGAAGUGACAGAUGGUUACAAAUCACUGGAGACCAGGGACCUUCUGGUUACCUGUUUGAAUCUGAUGCUUUGCAACGUAAGCCGUGCACAGGUACACUUUCUAGGAGAGCAGGCUCGUUCUGUCCUUCCCAUUGUCAAUCUGAUUGUUGUGACGAUCGAAAUUCCCAUCACCAUGGAGUAUAUUGUUAUUCAUGUGGUGCGCACUGUUGCAAUCAGAAUCAGGAUGAUGGUCCGGAGUGGUCUAACUGGAGCCACUGUAGUGGAAGCUGUGGGCAGGGAACCAGAAGUCGGACCUGUACAAAUCGCUGUCACUCAUUACACUCACAUACACAAACUGAAACAUGUCAACACAUGAUAUCAUGUCCUGUAUGGACCACUUUUAGCGAGUGUUCCGUUACCUGUGGAGAUGGAACUAUGUCACGGCAUUGUACAUAUCACUGUUACGGUCUUCACAGUCAAAGUGAAACAAAAACAUGUCACAAACCAGCAUGUGAACCAGAAUGGUCGUUGUACAGUGAUUGUAGUGUAACCUGCGGAGACGGGGUUCAGGAACGUCACUGCACCAAUCACUGUACCCAUCAUACAACGGAAACACAGUCGUGUCACAACGGACAUUGUCAUAACCCCUUAAAUGGACAUUGGUCAGCUUGGACGGACUUUGGAAGUUGUACGGCCACUUGCGGUAGUGGUCAACAGAUUCGAACACGUACCUGUUCCAACCCGGCCCCUGCCUAUGGUGGGCAGGAUUGUGCUCCCGAUGCUAAUGGAAACACUAACACUCACGUCAAACCAUGUGGAUCCCAGGAAUGUCCAAAUGACCUUCAAGGUUCUUCUCAUAAAUGCAAUAAGCUGACUACGAUUGAAGCCCUAGCUGAAUUGAGCACCACAAAUCCAUCAAACUGCCCGGAUGUGUGGGCUUCCGGAAGUGACCAUUUCCUACACAAUCAUUGCCAAGCCAUACCAGGCACGACAGACUGGAAGAAAGGAAUGUCGGUCGGGUACGACUUGAAAGGAAAUAGAACCAUCCAACCGUACACACCAAUUGCAACUUUCUGGAACAAUGCCUACCAACAAGAUAGUUCCCACGAGGGUUUUAGCGGCAUCUUCAUUUCCUAUACCAGCAACGGAUUCAAGAUGGCGACCAGAACUUGCGAUGGGGUAGCAGAAGUGAUGGACAUCCCCAGAAAUACGACAACAUUUACGAAUGCAAUGUACCCUAACGAUCCGUUCAACUAUUUUACUGUUAGGUGGUGAUAAUUUUAUUAGACUUCAAAUAAAAUUGUUGGCUACAAAAAACUGUCCAUUGAAUAUUUUUGACCAAAGUUCAACAUUU